CGCGCUGCGACCAGCACCGACGUCGCACCUCGUCCGCGUUUCGCUAAAUUGUUAAUAUCAUUCAUGCUAAUCUCCACCCGUUGAUUUUCCUGCUGUGUGACCGCAGUACCGCGAUAUCGCGAGUGUCGAAUACUAGUGGACGUUCGUGUAUUUUUCCAUUGGAAUCCAACGCCCACGAAACCAGUUCUGUGUAUCACGGCGCCUUUGGAUGAGAUUUGAGCCGUGACCCGCGGCCUGCGAUGCUGCGCCCGUGACCGUCUUACGACAGUACCACGAAACCGCAUCCAAUGAUCUCUGCGAGCCUCCCCGGCGAGGCGCUGAUGCAGCUGGGGCAGCUUCAGCUGAGCCACCUGUACCCCCCGCCCAACAUGACGCCGGAGUUCCUCGCCCCUCCACCCCGACCCUACCCGCGGUAUGCACCACGCCGACGGGAAAAUAUGCCGGCGCCUCCAGCGCCCGCGCCCUUUCCUCCCUCCUACUCCCCUUUUUUGCCCCAUCCGGCUUCGUACGCCUCGUACCUGUACAGGGCGAGAGCUCCCCAGCCCCCUCCAGCGUACCCGCUGCGCCCGAGACCGACGUCUGGUUUCGUGCCCCCGGCCCCUGCGCCCCAUUCGCCGCACUCACCACCUGUGUCGGCGCCGGCACCUCAACCACCACUUAGAGAGGAGCCACCAAUGUCACCAGAGCGUGGUGCACCAGCUCCCUACUUUUGUCGAGGUGCUUUAAUCCGAUUGGAGGAUGGCUCUCUUCGGAGAGUCGAGGAGAUGAGGACAGAAGACUUCGUUAUGAGUGCUGAGAGGAGUGGGGAUCUCUCCUUAACACAGUGCACAUUGCUCAGACUAGACGAGCGAGGAGACAGGCUAGCACUCACACUGGCGUAUGAUAGAAAUCGUUCACAAGUGGAGUUAGAAUCGACGGUGGAACAUCCGUUCUUCGUGUACGGGCGCGGUUGGGCGUCCUGCAAACCAGAGCGUACAAUGGCGCGAUAUGGGCUUCGGGUACAGAGGCUUCAAGUUGGAGAUGUGUGUGUCUCCCUCGUGGCCCGCAAGCCAACCCCAACAGUCAGCAGCAUACCGCCCGCUCCACCCCAAACGUACCCAGAAAACCUCAGCGUCAAAGAAGACGCUCGCAAAAGACGGUGGUCGGCGUCCGAUGUCGUCGAUGACGGCCCUCCCAUGAAGAAACGCUGAACAAGCCAACCGCGCAGUAAAGAGAUCUUUAGACACCUUCGAGCUAUCCGAUUCAUUUAGUAAC